UCAGGGCCUUGGGCUCUCCCUCUAGAUGAGCUGAUUAAAGCCAUUCUGAAGAACUGAGGACGGAAGACGUUGCUUCCCACAAUGUUUCCCACAUGGGUGUGAAAAGCCAGCCUUCCCUUUCACUUCUGAGGGAGAUUUUUCAAUGAUGAAGAGAAGAACACGGACUCGACAUAUUGCAACUGUACAGAGUUCUUCCCAGUGGAGGAAUUUGGAGAAAGAAUCUAAUUUAAGGUUGGCAGUGGACCAUGUAAAAACUCUGGAGGCUCAGCUGAACUCCAAGGAGACUGAACUGGCAACAGCUUUAAGUGAAAACCAAAACUUAAUGGGUCAAUGUCAAGAAUUAAAAGAACAAAAAGCCAGCCUUGUGACGGUUCUGGGAAAUACCAAGAAGCAACUCAACAGUGAAAGACUGGAAAGGAUUGACUUAGAGAAAAAAGUGAAAAACUUAGAAGAAAAAAUGUCAUUUCAAAAGUCUGCAUAUGAAAACGAGAUUCAAGAAACCAGGAAACUUUAUGAAAUCAAGCUUGCCGAGCUUGAAUCUGGGAGACAAGAAGGUCUGGAAAACAACUUAGCCAUAAUUUUGCAGAAAGUGAAAGAAGAAACCGAAGGACAGAUACAGGAGUUCAAAAAUGAGCUGACACGAAUUUUCAACAUGAGAAUGGAGAAUACUCAGCUUUAUGCUGAGAAAACUAGAACAUUUGCCCAUGCUGCUAGAGAAGAAUUGAUGGAGACAAAAUUGAGGAUCGAUUCACUGAUGUUACAACUUAAACAAAAGCAAGCACAGAAUUCUGUUCUGGAAAACCAAGUUAGAGAACUGGAAGAAGCUCUGAAAUGUGCCCAUCAGAGGCACCAAAGUCUUGCUGAUGAGAAGGCUCAAGAAAUAAGAGCGUUAAGAUCGCAAAUGGAUGCCCAUUUGGAAGAACACGAGAACUUACUUGAUGCAAAGCUCGCAUUAGAUAUGGAGAUAAGCAUAUGCCGAAAAAUUCUGGAAGGAGAGGAAGAGAAGUUCAAAUUAUCCCCCAGACCAGCCAGCGGAGGUCACUCCCAAGGCCCAGUGAGCACCAGCCAGGGAUUCCGGAGGAAAAAGAAGAGGAGGCAGGAAGCGCUGCUGAGGGAGCACAGUGAUGGCAUGUGGCCUGUCCCCUGCUGCUCUGCAUCAGGAAGUGUGUGUGUGGAAGAGAUUGAUGAGGGAGGAAAUUUUGUCCGGCUGAAAAACAACUCUACCGAGGAUCAGCCACUCAAUGGAUGGAUACUUAGGAGUCAACUUGGAAAUUUAUCGGAGAGUAUAUAUAAAUUCCCUGCCUGCUUGGUACUCGCAGCUGGCCAAGUAAUCACGAUAUGGGCUGCUGGAGCAGGUAUGAGUCCAAACCCACCCACGGAUUUAGUAUGGGAGUCACAGAAAACCUGGGGAGCAGGAAACCUCAUCAAAAUUACUCUCAUCAGUGCCAAUGGAGACGAAAUUUCAACUCUUAAAACUGAACAUCUCCCUAGAGAAGGGAAAGGUAAUUCUGAUUUAGAAGGUAAUCAAUCUAGCAGGUUGGAAGAAUCUCAUCAAAAGAAUUUUGAGCCAGAUCAAGGGUGCCUUGUUAUGUAAAUGCCUUGGGAAAAAGAGACCCACUUUUGCCAGAAGCUUCUGUCUUCAAAUUCAUAAACUGCAUUUAAAUAAUAAAAAGAACUUGU